AUCCGCCUCUCACUCACUCACUGCCGCCCUUCCUUUCUCCCUCCGCCGCCCGAGCAGCAGCCGCGCUCCGAGCUGCCACCGGGGUCCCUCCCCCGCCGCCAGAGGAGCAGCUGCUGCCGCCUAGCACAUUAGGAGGGCGGAAGGAAGGAAGGAGAGCGGGGAGGAAGGGGAGCCGGAGCGCCUGGCCAGAGGCAGCCGGUGAAUGGGCUUGUGGUGACCCCCACCCCCCACCCCACCCUCCCUUCCCACCCGACCCCCAACCCCCAUCCCCAGUCGGAGCCGCCGCCCGACAGGCCGGGCCGCUGUCUUGCGAGGAGUCCCCGCCGCCGUCACCUCCGCCAUGGAGCUCAUAACCAUCCUCGAGAAGACCGUGUCUCCGGAUCGGCUGGAGCUGGAAGCGGCGCAGAAGUUCCUCGAGCGUGCGGCCGUGGAGAAUCUGCCCACGUUCCUUGUGGAACUGUCCAGAGUGCUGGCAAACCCCGGGAACAGUCAAGUCGCCAGAGUUGCAGCCGGCCUACAAAUUAAGAACUCUCUGACAUCGAAAGAUCCAGAUAUCAAGGCACAAUACCAGCAGAGGUGGCUCGCUAUUGAUGCUAAUGCUCGACGGGAAGUCAAGAACUAUGUUUUGCAGACGUUGGGCACAGAAACCUACCGGCCUAGUUCGGCCUCACAGUGUGUGGCUGGUAUUGCUUGUGCAGAGAUCCCAGUAAGCCAGUGGCCAGAGCUAAUUCCUCAGCUGGUAGCCAAUGUCACAAACCCCAACAGCACAGAGCAUAUGAAAGAGUCCACAUUGGAAGCUAUUGGUUACAUUUGCCAAGAUAUAGACCCAGAGCAGCUACAGGAUAAGUCCAAUGAGAUCCUGACUGCCAUAAUCCAGGGGAUGAGGAAGGAGGAGCCUAGUAACAAUGUGAAGCUGGCUGCUACCAAUGCACUCCUGAACUCACUGGAGUUCACCAAAGCAAACUUUGACAAAGAGUCUGAAAGGCACUUUAUCAUGCAAGUGGUCUGUGAAGCCACACAGUGUCCAGACACAAGGGUAAGAGUGGCUGCUUUACAGAAUCUAGUGAAGAUAAUGUCCUUGUAUUACCAGUACAUGGAGACAUACAUGGGUCCUGCCCUUUUUGCAAUCACAAUUGAAGCAAUGAAGAGUGACAUUGAUGAGGUGGCUCUCCAAGGGAUAGAGUUCUGGUCCAAUGUCUGUGAUGAGGAAAUGGAUUUGGCCAUUGAGGCUUCAGAGGCAGCAGAACAAGGACGGCCCCCGGAGCACACCAGCAAGUUUUACGCCAAGGGAGCACUGCAGUACUUGGUGCCCAUCCUCACACAGACACUGACUAAACAGGAUGAAAACGAUGACGACGAUGACUGGAACCCUUGCAAAGCGGCCGGGGUGUGCCUCAUGCUCCUGUCCACCUGCUGUGAAGAUGACAUUGUGCCCCACGUCCUCCCCUUUAUUAAAGAGCACAUCAAGAACCCUGACUGGCGGUACCGGGACGCAGCAGUGAUGGCUUUUGGCAGUAUCUUGGAAGGGCCAGAGCCUAAUCAACUUAAACCAUUAGUCAUACAGGCUAUGCCCACCCUAAUAGAACUUAUGAAAGACCCCAGUGUAGUUGUUCGAGACACAACAGCGUGGACUGUGGGCAGGAUCUGUGAGCUGCUGCCUGAAGCCGCCAUCAACGAUGUCUACUUGGCACCCCUUUUACAGUGUCUGAUUGAGGGCCUCAGUGCUGAGCCCAGGGUGGCUUCAAAUGUGUGCUGGGCCUUUUCCAGUCUGGCUGAAGCUGCGUAUGAAGCCGCAGAUGUAGCUGAUGAUCAAGAAGAACCAGCCACCUAUUGUCUGUCUUCUUCCUUUGAACUUAUAGUUCAGAAGCUAUUGGAGACCACCGACAGACCCGAUGGACACCAGAAUAACCUGAGAAGUUCUGCAUAUGAGUCUCUCAUGGAAAUCGUAAAAAACAGUGCCAAGGAUUGUUACCCUGCGGUGCAGAAGACCACCCUGGUCAUUAUGGAACGACUGCAGCAGGUGCUUCAGAUGGAGUCCCAUAUCCAGAGCACAUCCGACAGAAUCCAGUUCAAUGACCUCCAGUCUCUACUCUGCGCAACUCUUCAGAAUGUUCUCCGGAAAGUGCAGCAUCAAGAUGCUCUGCAGAUCUCUGAUGUGGUCAUGGCCUCCCUGUUAAGGAUGUUCCAAAGCACAGCUGGGUCUGGGGGAGUGCAAGAAGAUGCCCUGAUGGCAGUUAGCACACUGGUGGAAGUGUUGGGUGGUGAAUUCCUCAAGUACAUGGAGGCCUUUAAACCAUUCCUGGGCAUUGGACUGAAAAAUUAUGCUGAGUACCAGGUAUGUUUGGCAGCUGUUGGCUUAGUUGGAGACUUGUGCCGAGCCCUGCAGUCUAACAUCUUACCUUUCUGUGACGAGGUGAUGCAGCUGCUCCUGGAGAACUUGGGGAAUGAGAAUGUCCACAGGUCUGUGAAGCCACAGAUUCUGUCUGUGUUUGGUGAUAUUGCUCUUGCCAUUGGUGGAGAGUUUAAAAAAUACUUAGAGGUUGUAUUGAAUACUCUACAGCAGGCCUCCCAAGCCCAGGUUGACAAGUCAGACUUUGACAUGGUGGAUUAUCUGAAUGAGCUAAGAGAAAGCUGCUUGGAAGCUUAUACGGGAAUCGUCCAGGGAUUGAAGGGGGAUCAGGAAAACGUACACCCGGAUGUGAUGCUGGUACAGCCCAGAGUAGAAUUUAUUUUGUCUUUUAUUGAUCACAUUGCUGGAGAUGAGGAUCAUACAGACGGAGUGGUAGCCUGUGCUGCUGGACUGAUAGGGUGAGCUAUUCUUUUUCCAUGUG